UUUACAUUUAUUUGACGUUCUAAAUUAGAAACUAAUUUGUAUAUAAGUUCUUUCUGGCACCAUGUCUAGCCAUAUUAGCAAAUUAUCAGGAAAUGAUGCGGAAGAGGAAGAUUACCUAGAAGAUAUGUUCAUUCAUGUCUUCCAAACAACUAACUCAUCCCAGCGUAGUCUACAGAAGACGGUACUUUUUAUUAUCGAACAUUAUGAUUAUUCCCUCUUGUUGGCGCGAUGUUGGGGACGAGAAGUCUUAAACACUGAAAGAAAUCUCCACACAAUUGUCCUCUUCCAAAUACUGGAUGGUGUUCAUCAAAAAUGCGUUGAAGAGUCUAAAGCCAACAUUAUUUGGCAUUUUCAGAUGAUGUUAGAUUACGUCUUCGAAAAGUUGGUAACAGGAUGUACUGAUUUGAAGUUACUGAAGUAUAUUGAAAAAAUGCUAGAUGUUUGGAAGGCCAGAAGUGUUUAUAAACCUAAACAAUUAGAACAUUAUAAGAAACUCAUUGGGGAAGUCAUAAAGUCAUUGGAGGCAACUUCUCCAAAGUACAUGCAAAAAUAGUUUAUAUAAAUUCAAAUUCCAAUUCAAAUACCAAUGCUAGAUUUUGUUUCAAAAAUCGGGGAGCGACGUUUUUUUGACAAGUUAAUUUGAAUCACUUCAAGACAACGAAAUUUUUGUUUAGAAGGAUGUCUAGAUGGAUGACAAUUCUAGAAAAUAGAAAAUUUUACUUUAAUUCUGUUACAACGAUUUUAAAUAGUAUAAGCGAAUAAAAAUAUGUUUUUAUUCAAGAAUU